CAGGAGAGAGAGAGAGAGAAGGAUCGAGGCAAAACGUAAACAACCAUGGCUAACUUCGCGACGCUGGAGAGCCUGAAGAAAGGCGACGAGGAGGAGAAGAAAGGAAACGCGUACUACGCCGGUGGGGCGAGAGGCGCGGGCCGGGGCGGAAGCGGGCUAAACGUCAUGGGCCCUCCGCCCGAUGACGAGGGGGAGGGAGAGGGGGGAAACGGCGACCCGCACGUGCAAGAGAUAUUCCGCCGCGCCGAGACCGGUGGCCCGCCCGGCGAGGAUGGAGGCAACGAGCGGACGAUCACGAUAACCAUGUACAACGGAGGCUUCACCGUGGACGACGGCCCCUUCCGGCGAUUGGACGACCCGGCGAACAAGGAUUUCUUGAAGGACCUCGCCUCGGGGCUAGUGCCGAAGGAGCUCGAAGCCGGGGCCACCCCGGGCAAGGGUACGGACGUGAAGCUGGUCGACAAGCAGAACGAGGACUACGUCGCACCGCCUUACGUGGCGUUCGGAGGAGAUGGGCAGACCAUGGGGGCGUCGACGGUGGCGGAGGGUGCCGUGAUGACCGCGACCGGAGCUCCCGAUGCCUCGGAAGCGCCGGAAGUCGACGCCUCGCAGCCCUCCACGACGCUGCAGAUCCGGCUCCACGACGGGAGGCGCGUCAGGGCGCAGCUCAACAUGCACCACACCGUGCGACACAUCCAGGCCAUCAUCGCCAGGGAAGGGGCUGGAGGGGGCUCGUACAUGCUCAUGGCGGGGUACCCCCCUGCCCCCCUGUCGGACUCGUCGCAGACGCUGGAACAGGCCGGGUUGAAGGGGGCCUCCAUCACCCAAAAGCUAGCAUGAAGCGACAAAGCGUCGCGUUGUGUUGUGCAGCAGGCGGCGCUUAGUUGAGGAGGUUUGCAGGAGCCGGGGCGUGGCCUCCUCCUCCUCCCCUCAUGGCCGAAAGGCAUGGACGAAGGCAUGGCCAACCUAGAAGUUCGCGAGUAAGCGCCAGAGAGACAGGUUGGGAACAUUCGAUUGGCGGCUUCGUCCGCCGUGCUUACACGAGCUACUGCUGUAGAUUCACACCAUUUUUUUGGGGUCGGGGUUGUUUAUGAUGCCCGGAAACGAGCGGUUCUUUCUCUCCCUCUUCCUCCCACGAUUGUGGCAGUCAAUUGUGGUUUGGUUUCGAUGAAGUAAUCGCAUUUAUAUGCGCGCACCACCUGUUUUUGUGUUUUAUUUUGUUUUUUCAUGAAUUGGCCUUUUCCUUCUCGGCGCGAUCUUGCGUGGAUACCGGACGUCUUGGGAUCGAUCGGACUCUUGUGCUGUCGGCAGCCUUCUUUGGCCGGAAACGACUGUGGUAGCUGUUUUGACUCUUGAUAUUGCUUUGUCUUGUGUUUGUCCAUAAGCAACAACAACAAAAAUGAUUUGAUCGAUCGAU